CUUAUCCACUGGGUGCUGUAGCUUUCUUGUUCCACACUUCUCGCUUGGAGAAAACGGAGGGAUUUCAGGAGUAAGUACCUCUUCCCUUCCUCCAGCACCUCCUCCCCCCUCCCCCCUCCCCGGGCCCACCUCCUCCUCCCCAACUCCGCAACCCCUGAGCUGCAAAGAUGAGCAUGGACGAACUGCAGCGCCUGUCCCUCGACUACCUGGCGGAGCCCGAGCUCAUGGGCAUGGACACCUUCAUCCACCGCAUCGACUCCACGGAGGUCAUCUACCAGCCCCGGCGCAAGCGGGCCAAGCUCAUCGGCAAGUACCUGAUGGGGGACCUGCUGGGCGAGGGCUCCUACGGCAAGGUGAAGGAGAUGCUGGACUCGGAGACGCUGUGCCGGCGGGCGGUGAAGAUCCUGAAGAAGAAGAAGCUGAGGAGGAUCCCCAACGGGGAGGCCAAUGUCAAAAAAGAGAUUCAGCUGUUACGAAGACUACGGCACAAAAAUGUUAUCCAGCUGGUGGAUGUGCUAUAUAACGAAGAGAAGCAGAAAAUGUAUAUGGUGAUGGAGUACUGUGUCUGUGGAAUGCAGGAGAUGUUGGACAGCGUUCCUGAAAAGAGGUUUCCAGUGUUUCAAGCUCACGGGUAUUUUUGCCAGCUUAUAGAUGGCUUAGAGUAUUUGCACAGCCAGGGAAUAGUUCAUAAAGACAUUAAACCAGGGAAUCUGCUGCUGACAACGGAUGGUGCACUAAAAAUCUCCGACCUGGGGGUAGCUGAGGCUUUACACCCUUUCGCUGAGGAUGACACAUGUAGGACAAGUCAGGGGUCCCCGGCCUUCCAGCCCCCCGAGAUCGCCAACGGCUUGGACACUUUUUCAGGGUUCAAAGUUGACAUCUGGUCUGCGGGGGUCACGCUAUAUAACAUUACAACCAGCCUUUAUCCGUUUGAAGGAGACAACAUCUAUAAGCUAUUUGAAAACAUAGGCAAGGGAGACUACAGUAUUCCUGAAGACUGUGGCCCCCUUCUGACAGAUCUCCUGAGAGGAAUGCUUGAAUAUGACCCUGCAAAGAGGUUUUCAAUACAACACAUCAGACAGCACAACUGGGUCCGCAAGAAACACCCCCCCUCGGAGCCGCCCGUGCCCAUCCCCCCCAGCCCAGAUACGAAGGACCAUUGGCGCAGCAUGACGGUGGUGCCCUAUCUGGAGGACCUUCAUGGCUACACGGAGGAAGAGGAGGAGGAGGACGCCCUGUUCGACGGGGAGGACGAGAUCAUCUACACUCAGGACUUCACGGUGCCAGGGCAGGUGCCCGAGGAAGAGGAGGCAGAGCAGAACGGGCGGAGCCGGGGCCAGGGCCUCCCGAAGCCCCUGUGCGUGAACGGCAUGGAGGCGGGGCAGCUCAACAGCAAGUCGAAACCGGACCGGCGCUCCAGCUCCUCCUCCAACCCGUCCCGGAAGGGCGUGUCCACCAGCAGCAAGAUCCGCAAGCUGUCCACCUGCAAGCAGCAGUGAGCCAGCCCCCCCCCGCCCCUCGAACCCGAAGCCACGCACUGUAUUGGAUUCUUCUUUUUUUUUUUUCCUUUUGGGAUUUUCCUAACCAGACAGCCGGGGGGGGGGGGGAUUGAGCGGCACUACCUUUCCCGUUUCGUUCCCGAUCCUUUUCGGACGGACUUGUCUGAAGGCUGGUUUGUUUGGAACAGCGGGAACAGGACAGGGGGAUGUACACAAACACCCCAUGGAUGACACGGACAGAGAAAGGGGAGUCUCCGAGGAGGAAAGCCUCCUUGCCAAAUGAAGCCAAGAUUUUCUCCUUUCCCCCCCCCGCCCUUCCUGGGAAGAAGCCUGGGUCGCAGAUCGGCGCGGACGAGCCACGUUACGGCACCAAUGCGUGUGGAACUUUUCUGCGGAGCCAUUUAGAUGCACUUUUUUUUUUGGUGGUUUUAUUUUUUUAGAUUCUAUUUUUUUGCAGUUAUCCUUUGCAGUAUAAUAGAUACACAUUGCGAUGUGUAAAGAAUAAUAUUAAUAAUAAAUACUGAUGAUGAUGAUGAUGGUGAUAAAGAUUAUUCUAAGAAAAUAAAGCUGCAUGCUGUAAAGGGUUUGGAAAAAAGGGAAAGACUUCCAAAAAAAAAAAAGACUGGGAUGUUUGGGUUUCUUUGUUUUUCUGUUAGUUUUUUAUUUUUUUAAUUAUUAUUUAUAUAUAAAAAAAGGCAUCCCGACCAGACAAGAUUGGUAGUCUUUUGUGAUUUUUUUUUUGCAUUAUUUCAGUUCUGUGGCAGUGGAAGGAGCAACAGGAGAAGUCUGUGGCGAGUGGGAGAAGCCUGAAUUGUAGAGAAGCAAUAAAAUGAGCUGGGCGCACACCUUCUCUGCUCCAAAAACAACCCGUCUGUGCUUCGGCCUGCACCUCGGGGCAUGCUGACACACUGGAGGACGCAAUGUCCUGAUUGACGGGUUCAGAGGAGGUUUUUUGGGAGUAGAGAGUCUGCCUUCAGCUCGAUUUUAACACUUC